AUGAAGCUUUUUGUAUGGGCAGCUGUGUCAGUUGCCUUACUUGCAGCAUUACUUGUACCACCUGUAGUGAGCCAUGGUGAUGGUGGUGUACGACGUUUCGAGCUCAACAUUACAUCGGCUGUUAUCAACCCUGAUUGCAACCGCGAGCUAUUCCCAGCAUUGCUUAUCAAUGAUCAAUUCCCAGGACCCACAUUGCGUGUUGUCAAGGGUGAUGAUGUCGAGGUUACGGUGUAUAAUUCCGUGGAUCAAUUCAACGUAUCAACCACUAUCCAUUUCCAUGGCAUCCGGCAAUAUGGCACGGUGGAAUCCGAUGGCGUACCUUUUGUGACACAACAUGCCAUUCCACCUGGUGAAUCAUUCACACAUCGCUUUCGAGUGACCGGCCAAAGCGGUACCUACUUUUACCAUGCUCAUUUGGGAUUGCAAGAUGAUACCGUACAAGGGGCCUUUAUUGUACAUGAUUCGAUUGAUUCUUGGCCAUCCGAGCACAACAACAAGAAAUUAAGUGAAGGAGCAUGCGAGUAUGAUGGCGAACGCACAUUGCAGAUUUCCGAAUGGUGGCACGAAGACUUCCUCUCACGUGAGGAAUAUUACAUGACAUCUCGAUUUGUGUUUGACAAGGGCUCUGACAGCAUUCUCAUCAAUGGCCGCACUAUUCACCCAAGCUUAUAUGGCAUGGACAAGUCAAGUGAUGGUGGUGGUAAGAGCUGGGGUGGUGGUGGUGAUGGCGACAAAGGCGAUGGUGAUAAAAAGGAUGGUGAUGAGCGUGGUGGUGGUGGUGGUGAACGUGGUAAUUGGGGAGGAAAACCAUCACUUGCUGCACGACAAGAGUUACCAGAGGAAUGUCCUGGCUAUUCAGUAUUGGAUGUGGAGCCUGGAAAGACAUAUCGAUUACGUAUCAUUGGUGGACAAACUUUCCGCACACUUGGAUUGGGAAUUGCCGGUCAUAAAAUGACAAUCAUUGAAGUCGAUGGUCAAAUGACAAAGCCCUAUGACACUGAAUGGCUUGAAAUUGGUCCUGGACAGCGUGUCUCGGUGCUUAUUCAUACCCAUUAUGGCAAGGAGGGUGAUCUGGUGCCUAUUGCAACAAGCUAUCGAUGGCGUCAUCGUAAUAAUGGAAUGUACACUGAGACUGGAUUUGCGUAUCUACGAUACAACAAGCAUGCAUCAUGCUCUCAUCAAGAAGAGUGUGGCCAUCCCGCUAUCUACAAGCCUAUUAUUCCUCCACCCCCUCCACCAGAAGAAGGAAAAGAAAAGGAGCAUGGCAAGCGUGAUAAUGUAAAGUACACAAAGAAUUUGCCUGUAUUUCCAAAGGACGACAAGCGUGAUUGGCUAUGGCCUGAAAUUGAACCACUUCAUUCUGAAAAGCAUGGUGACGAGAAGGAAGGAUUGGACACGUCAGUGAUAUUGAAUGCACCAGCCGAUCGAGUACUGAAAUUACGAGCGGGGCCUAGACGACAGCCUACCAAGGAGACCCGAUAUUUAAUGAAUGGACGUAUGCCACCGACACGAGAGGCGCCCCUAUUGACUGAAGUGAUGCAAGGUCGACUUGCCAUGGCUACCAAUGAUAGUUUACUUGAAGAGGAUGGCUAUUUGGCUAGUCAUGACACGUUCCCUAUCCAAAUGGGCCAAGUGGUGGAUAUUGUGCUUCAAAAUGUCAAGGCUGGUCCCGUGUGUUUGGUUCAUCCUUGGCACACGCAUGGUCAUUCGCAUUAUCAAAUUGCAUCAGGAUCGGGUGAAUAUCAUCAUGAGGUGGAUGGCGAUACCCGCAACUUCCCCAGUCCAUUAUACAGAGAUGUGUCCAUGGUGUAUCCAGACGACAAGCCUAAUGAUGAAGGAGGAUGUGGAUGGACCAAAAUACGUAUUUAUGCGGAUAAUCCUGGAUUCUGGAUCCUUCAUUGCCACAUUACAGCACACAUGAUGCAAGGCAAAUUUGCUGUGUUGGAGGAAUCCCCCGAGCUUAUUGAACAAUAUCGUCUUUACAAGUAG